AUGAAAUUUUCUAUUCUUACGACUAUCGCCACUUUAUGUGCCAUUGCCCAAGCUGCUCCAGCUGAGCAUGAAGGCCACAAGGGCAAUGGCAACAAGGGCUCUGAUGGUAAAUCGUCAAAGAAUUCUGGCAACCCUCACGGGAGCUCUGGUCAGCAAAACUGGGGCCCUGGUCACCCAAGCUGGGGUGAAGGCUCCCACCCUAAGCCUAGUGCCUCUUACACGGUUCCUGGUAACCUUUCUAUCACCUACUCAGCUUGGGGACCUUCUGCUACCUUUCCUACCGCAUCGUUGUCGGGCUGGCCAUACCACACCACCUCGCUUGCGAUUCCAACAUCUAUUCCUUCGUCUUCUGCAGUUGUUGGCUUGGAACACUUGUUGGAAGCCUUGGAACCAAUUAUCAGUAUCUUAACUGAAUUGUCCGAUUCUGAAAAAGCUGCGCUUGAGCAAUUGUUGAAGGCAAUUGAGUCAUUACCAAGUGGCGUCAACGUUCCAAGUGGAUUUCCUACUCCAACUGGUAUCUAG